AUGAAGCUUAACAAAGCACCAAUAAAGCUUAACAAGGCACCCAUAAAGCUUAACAAAGCACCCAUAAAGCUUAACAAAGCACCCAUAAAGCUUAACAAAGCACCCAUAAAGCCUAACAAAGCACCCAUAAAGCUGAACAAAGCACCCAUAAAGCCUAACAAAGAACCCAUAAAGCCUCAUAAAGCCCCCAUAAAGCCUAACAAAGCACCCAUAAAGCCUCACAACGCUCCCAUAAAGUCUCACAAAGCACCCAUAAAGCCUCACAAAGCACCCAUAAAGCUUAACAAAGCACCCAUAAACCUUAACAUAGCACCCAUAAAGCCUCACAAAGCACCCAUAAAGCUUCAGAAAGCACCCAUAAAGACUAACAAAGCACCCAUAAAGCCUCACAAAGCACCCAUAAAGCUUAACAAAGCACCCAUAAAGCCUAACAAAGCACCCAUAAAGCCUCAAAAAGCACCCAUAAAGCUUAACAAAGCACCCAUAAAGCUUCAUGGAGCACCCAUAAAGCUUCAGAAAGCACCCAUAAAGCUUCAGAAAGCACCCAUAAAGCUUCAGAAAGCACCCAUAAAGCUUAACAGAGCACCCAUAAAGCUUCACGGAGCACCCAUAAAGCUUCAGAAAGCACCCAUAAAGCUUCACAAAGCACCCAUAAAGCUUCACAGAGCACCCAAAAAGCUUCACAGAGCACCCAUAAAGCUUCACGGAGCACCCAUAAAGCUUCACAAAGCACCCAUAAAGCUCAACAAAGCACCCAUAAAGCUUCACGGAGCACCCAUAAAGCUUUACAAAGCACCCAUAGAGCUUCACAAAGCACCCAUAAAGCUUCACAAAGCACCCAUAAAGCUUCACAAAGGCCCCAUAAAGCUUCACAAAGCACCCAUAAAGCUUCACACAGCACCCAUAAAGCUUCACAAAGCACCCAUAAAGCUUCACAAAGCACCCGUAAAGCUUCACAAAGCACCCAUAAAGCUUCACAAAGCACCCAUAAAGCUUCACAAAGCACCCAUAAAGCUUCACAAAGCACCCAUGAAGCUUCACAAAGCACCCAUAAAGCUUCACAAAGCACCCAUAAAGCUUCACAAAGCACCCAUAAAGCUUCACAAAGCACUCAUAAAGCUUCACAAAGCCCCCAUAAAGCUUCACAAAGCACCCAUAAAGCUUCACAAAGCACCCAUGAAGCUUCACAAAGUCCCCAUAAAGCUUCACAAAGCCCCCCUAGAGCUUCACAAACCCCCCCAUAAAGCUUCAAAAAUCACCCAAAAAGCUUCACAAAGCACCCAUAAAGCUUCACAAAGCACCCAUAAAGCUUCACAACACACCCAUAAAGCUUCACAACACACCCAUAAAACUUCACAAAGCCUUCAUAAUGCUUCAAAAAUUACCCGAAAAGCUUUACAAAGCCCCAAUAAAGCUUCACAAAGCACCCAUAAAGCUUAA